AUGUCAGGCUCAGCGGGACAAGAAGAGUUCGUGGUAGGAUUAAGUGGAACUCGUCUCCGUUACCUCAGCGAGCUCCUCCACUUUUCAAGGGUAUUUCUCUCCGGGUGCCACUCUGGGCUGACCCUGUCCCUCUGUCCCUCCAGGCACGGGGCGGUGAAGGGCGAGGACACCUUCAAGACGUCCCCGUUCCACCUGGACCUGUGGUUCUACUUCACUCUGCAGAACUGGGUGCUGGACUUUGGGCGUCCCAUCGCCAUGAUAAUCCUUCCCCUGGAGUGGUUCCCUCUGAACAAACCGAGUGCUGGAGAUUAUUUCCACAUGGCUUACAACGUUAUCACACCAUUUCUUCUGCUAAAGCUCAUCGAGAGGUCCCCCAAGACCCUGCCCAGGUCCAUGAUCUACGUGAGCAUCAUCAUGUUUGUGAUGGGGGCCAGCAUCCACCUGGUCGGGGACUCGGUGAACCACCGCCUGAUCUUCAGCGGGUACCAGCACCACCUGUCUGUCAGGGAGAACCCCAUCAUCAAGAACCUCAAGCCAGAGACACUGAUUGAUUCCUUCGAGCUGCUCUACUACUAUGAUGAAUAUUUGGGUCAUUCCAUGUGGUACAUCCCUUUUUUCCUGAUCCUGUUCAUAUAUUUCACGGGCUGCUUCACCCCUGUGGCAGAGGAGAGCAGGAUGCCAGUGGCUGCCCUGCUCCUGGUGGGGCCCAGCAGCCUUUACUACUGGUACCUGGUGACAGAGGGGCAGAUCUUCAUCCUCUACAUUUUCACUUUCUUUGCCAUGAUGGCUUUAGUGAUGCACCAAAAAAGGAAGGGACUUGUCCUGGACAGCAACGGGCUCUUCCUCUUCUACUCCUUCAUCAUCACCCUCCUCCUCAUCGCUGGCUGGGUGGCCUGGCUGUGGAAUGACAAAAUUCUCAGGAAGAAGUACCCUGGAGUGAUUUAUAUCCCUGAGCCCUGGGCCUUUUACACCCUGCACAUGAACAACCUCCACGCAGCAAAGGAAAGUUUCUAAGUUUUGAUAUUUUGGAGCGAUUUGAAAAGGAAAAAAAAAAAUAGAAUUCUAGUUUUUCUAACGUAGAUUUAAUGUAUUUCCAAUAAAUUCCUGACCGACCUUGGCU